CGAAGAAGAGUGGCAUUAGAAACAGCGCUUGCGUUGAGCUCCUCGUAGUCGAGGCCCUUAGCAGUUAGCUUGCGUCUUGUAUAGCUACGGUGUCGUUUUAGAGAUUCAACUUUUUCCAGAAAUAGAGAAGAAUAAAUUAGAGGAGUUUGCGAGAAGAUCAGAUUAUGACCAAAGACAAAUCAUAUUCUACAGGAAUAAAGUUUGGAUUUACUGUAACUAACUAGAAAGCAAAUAAAUUCGUACAGAGUGAGACACAGCUGGACAGCUACUUUGCUAGCAUGUGUGAACUGGCUGCUCAGGUCACCAGCAGUUUGCUGCACUUUCCAGAGGUGACUGUCGAUGCACUCGGAGAGGAUGAGAUCAGGCUCGAUUCUGUGCUUCAUGGGAAAUUCACUGCUGGGAAGAGCGGGCUAGCCUGGCUUGCCUGUGGGCCCCAUCUGGAGGUGGUCCAGGCGAACACAGGGGAGCGGUUCUCGGCUUAUUGCUUCAGUGGUGUGAGUGAGCAUGCACCUAAUGUGCUGGCCGUUCAUGAAUUCUGCUGGCUGAAGAGAUCGGGCUUGCUGGUGGGACUGGAGGAAUCUGCGGGCAGCGUACUAUGCUUGUACGAUCUGUCCAUCUCCCGCGUUGUCAAGGCUGUGGUCAUCCCUGGAAGGAUCACUGCCAUCGAGCCACUGGUGAGCUAUGGGGGAGCCAGUAGCAGCACCCAGCACCUGCAUCAGAGUCUGCGCUGGUUCUUCGGCGUGGUGGCAGUGGUCACUGAUGUGGGCCAUGUCCUUUUGGUGGAUCUUUGCCUGGAUGACCCAUCCUGCAGCCAAAGUGAACUUGAGGCCUCAGACUUGGAGGUGGUAAACAAGUCACCUGCUGAGGUCCCCCACAUUCGGGAGAGGGUGACACAGCAGGGGCGGCAUCUGUGCCUCCAGCUGAGCACCCCAUCUGGCACGAGUGCCACUGCCCUACAGUAUGUCACCCGCACAAACCUGCUGGCAGUAGGCUUCUCCGAUGGGUACCUGCAACUCUGGAACAUGAAGACGCUGAAAAAAGAGUAUCAUUCCCAGCUGGAGGGGGGCAGGGUGCCUGUGUACGCCUUCACCUUUCAAGAACCAGAGAAUGACCCUCGCAACUGCUGCUAUCUGUGGGCCGUGCAGUCUACACAGGACCAUGAGGGGGAUGUUGUCAGUCUCCAUCUACUUCAGUUGGCUUUCGGGGAGAGGAAGUGUCUAGCCUUGGGAAAGAUACUUUAUGAGGGUCUGGAGUACUGCGAGGAACGCUACAGCCAGGAUCUUAAUGACACAGCCUUCCCCUCCAGGGCUCAGGCCACCAACAUGUGCCUGCUGGGCUGCCAGACCAUUGAGAAAUUUCGGCACCACCCUGAUCGUGAUGACAGCAUGAAUGAAGGUGCUUCCCCUGACACCAGUGUGUCCAUGUUCAGCUGGCAAGUGAAGUCAUAUGGGCAGUGCAGGCCCACAACAUAUGUGGGGCUUUUUGACAUCAAUAGAUGGUACCAUGCACAAAUGCCAGACUCUCUGAGAACUGGGGAGACCCUGCAUAACUGUCCUUACCUGGCCGUGUGGUCCUUGGAUUCUGUAGUUGAGAUGACCUCUCCCUGCUCCCUGCUGGACAUUGUGGUGCACGAGCGUAGCCUGAGCAGGGGUUUGCCAUACACGUGCCCUCUACCUGAACAAUUCUUCAACCCCACUACCUACAACUUUGAUGCAACUUGCUUGCUGAAUUCUGGAAUCGUGCAUGUGACAUGUUCCGGCUAUCAGAAGGAGACAUUGAGCUUCUUGAAGAAGUCUGUAUCCAGCCUGAGCGAGACCAUCCCCGAUGGUUACUCUCGCUGCUUGAUGUCAGGCCUCCUGUCCCCAUGUCUGAUGGAUGGACAGCCUUCCAUACUUUCCCAGGAAGGGCAACUUGAUGCCGUCUUGUCCACUGCUGUGGAAACUAGCUCUCUGGGGCUCAUCACUGGCUGCAUCAGGCGCUGGACAUCUGAAGAGCAACCAGGGUCAGCAGUGAACCUGUGCUACAUUUUAGAAUGGGCCUGGAACAAGGUUGUGCUUGCCAAGGAAGAGCUUGAUGGCAUCUGUGCCCCCCUGUUUGACAGCUCCACCAACUUCACAGACCCUCAGACCCUUCAGCUGCUGCAGCACAGCCAGCGCCUGUUGGGUAACCUCAGCACAAUCUUCCACUGCCUGUUGAAUGAAGCUCACGAGCUCACACAGAAAGGGUUGGUGGGUCUGAUCAACAAGAAUGUGGUGUCCAGCCUGAUCUCUCAGUAUGCCCAAGUUGUGCUGUGGUUCUGCCGGACUGGCCUUCUGCCCGAAGGGUCUGAUGAUGACGUCCUGCAGAUAUCAAGGCCUUUUUACAAUUACCCAGUGAUUAAAAACUACUACACUGGUCGACGUGAGGAAUUGCUACGACUCUCUAGGGGGAAGUGGUGUUCAGAUUGUCUCAUGAUUGAUGGCCUGGUGGGCCAGUAUGCAGACUGCCUCAGACACCUGUGGAAACGGGAUGGAGGAGGGACUGGGCAGUACCCACCCCCAACACUGCAUGCUUUGCUGGAUAUCUAUCUAUUGGAAAACAUGGAAGAGUCAGCCAAACAUGCUAUUGUUAUAUAUUUGUUGCUGGACGUCAUGUACUCUUUACCUAAUAAGAGUGGCACAUCGGUAGAGUCUUUCCCCACAGCGUUUGCCAUCCCCAUUGGCCUUGUGAAGCUGGUACAGGGCUUGUGGCUGCUGGAUCACCUCGACCAUGAGAACUCUGUGGAGCUCCUCCUACAUCCAGCCACCAGUCGCUCCCUAUGGGCAUGGCAGCAUGGGCGUGUCCUACAGGCACUGAUGUGCCAGGGGCAGCAUGCCAUUGCUUUGCGCUACUUGCACACCAUGAGCCCGCAUAUGUCCUCCACCUGUCAGGUCAUGCUGUGUCUUUCUGUCCUACUCCACAACAGGUGCAUUGUCGAGGCCUGGGCUCUGGUCAGGCAACACUCUAACAAGCUGAACAUCCAGGAACUGCUGAGGUUCCUUUAUGAGACUUGCCUGGAACUGGGCCUGAUGGAGGAGCUGUUCAAACUCCCCCUUGGGCUUGCUGAACAGGACUGUCUGGAUGGCUUUCUGCAAGGCAGUGGAGGGUCCCAAAAUCAUGAGCUGCUCAUGGUGCACUACCUUCAGCAGGCAAACUACGUUCCGGCACUGCAGCUCAACCAAGCCCUGAGGACGAGCCUGAAUGAUCCCAAGUAUAAAGAGAGGUCUAACACUAGGAACUCCAUUCUGGACCAGUAUGGCAAGGUUCUACCCAGAGUGCAGCGAAAACUCGCUACAGAGCGAGUGAAACCAUACCAUCACCCCUCUACCAUACACAAGGAAGUUUCUAGACCGCAGCCCUUGUCAACACUGCCCAAGCGGUCAGUGGCAGAAAAUGUGCUGACCAGGGCAAGCUUCCUCAGCAAUGUUCUCACCAAGAUUGGGGAGGUGUGGGAAGGCAAGGAUGGCAAGCAUCAGUCUUCUCUGCUGAAAAGAGCAUCAGGACUGCCUUUGACCAGUUCACACCAUCCCUCUACAGAUCUGGCUGAAGCCUUUGUAGGCACUCCUGUCAGAAUGACCUCAAAGAGGAUGACAAGGAUUCUCGGUCUGAUGGUGCAGACAUCUGCUGAGGCAAGCCCUGAGGGCCUUGGCCUUCAGAGGACUCCAGCCACCCAGGUCAUUACACAGAGACUGCCCAGUCCUGUUCCCGCCUCCUCUCUGAAGCCCGGUAUCCUCCUGGGUACUGCUAAGGCCCCCGAGCUCAGUCUGCUGCAGACUCCACCGGUGGUAAAGAGGGCACGGGCUCUGGCUGUCACAGGCCCUGUGUUCCCAGUCUUCACCCCACAGUCCAUCCUUCGGAGCAGCUUGCGCCCAACCCCAGUGGGCUCCCCCUCGGCAUCCCUUGGCCGCUCCGCCACCCCGCCACCCCGCCCCAAAGAGAGUCGCAUCACCUUCAUCGAGGAAAGCAAGAACAAGGACCCCUGGAGCAAUGGGAUUCCAGCAGAGAAUGAGGUCUGCCUGUUGUCAUCCACCUCUCCUCUCCCCAAACCUGGAGUAGAAGGCUUGAGAGGGCUGCCUCCAGAGGAGGAAGAUGAGGAAGAGCAGGACACUUUGACAUUUGUUCCGCAGGCCCUGUUGCUGAGACAAGAGGUGGGCGAAUCAGAAAGCUGCUGCUCUGUGCAUGAGGUGGUGGAAGAUGAGGAAGAAGAUGUGGUGGGAGUGGCUGAAAUAAGCAGUGCGUCCACCUGUUAUAUAGACUCCACAAUGGAGUUGCAUGAAGCCCCCACACCCGAGGACCCAGAGGACAAGCGACAGGAGAUGGAGGUGGAGGAAGUGGUGGCUAUAAACAUGAAGUCUGUGGUCCCAGAGGUCUUCCCCUUGCCCCCCACAUGCACAGGUAUAGAGAAGUUGGAUGAAGCACCUGGAGAGCAGGAAGAUGUAGAGCCUGUAUUGGGGCAGGAAGAAGUGAAGUUUAACCUGGUACAAGAAUUUGCAGAACCUAACCAGGAGCAAGAAGUAGCUGAGCCUAAUCUGGGACAGGAAGCUGGGGAGCCUGGCCUGGGGCAGCAAGCGGGGGAGUCUGGCCUGGGGCAGCAAGCGGGGGAGUCUGGCCUGGGACAGCAAGCAGGGGAGUCUGACCUGGGACCGCAAGCGGAGGAGUCUGGCCUGGGGCAGCAAGCGGGGGAGUCUGACCUGGGGCAGCAAGCGGGGGAGUCUGACCUGGGGCAGAAAGCGGGGGAGUCUGACCUGGGACAGAAAGCGGGGGAGUCUGACCUGGGACAGAAAGCGGGGGAGUCUGACCUGGGGCAGAAAGCGGGGGAGUCUGGUCUGGGGCAGCAAGCGGGGGAGUCUGGUCUGGGGCAGCAAGCGGGGGAGUCUGGUCUGGGGCAGCAAGCGGGGAAGUCUGACCUGGGGCAGCAAGCGGGGGAGUCUGACCUGGGGCAGCAAGCGGGGGAGUCUGACCUGGGGCAGCAAGCAGAGGAGUCUGGUCUGGGGCAGAAAGCGGGGGAGUCUGACCUGGGGCAGCAAGCAGAGCAGUCUGACCUGGGGCAGCAAGCGGAGGGGUCUGGCCUGGGGCAGCAAGCGGGGGAGUCUGACUUGGGGAAGCAAGCAGGGGAGUCUGACUUGGGGCAGGAAGUGUCGCAGCCUGAUCAUGAACUGGGUGUGGUGGAGCAGAUUCCAGUGAAGGAAGUGACAGAGCCUAUGCUGGAGCUGGAGAAGGCAAGCUUGGAGCAGGAACAGGUGGAGUACAGCUUUGAGGAGGGAGAGGCUAAGCAAUGCACAGUGCACCUAGGAUUGGAUGAGUUUGUGGAGCGCCAUUUAUUUGGCAACGAUCUUUCUUCCCCACUGACCCGUUCCAGCAUAAGGCAAGCAUCGCAGGCCUGGGCAACCUCCUCCUAUAGUGAGUGUUCCUUUAAUGCCAGAAAAGAGGCACCUGCGGCAGUUGGCCCCACCUCCCCAGUGCUGACAACGCAGAAGUCUGUGACCUCUGUGUCCUCUGGUGCUACCACCACCACUGAUUCACAUUCUGUUGUGAGCCUAAAUGGCAGUGAGGAACUGUCCGGGGCCAGCUCUGAGGAAGACUCUGACACCACAGCUGAGGAAGAAGACUCUGAAAGUGAUGUGGAAAUCAUUGAGCAGAUGGAGGGCAAUGAGUGCCAGCAACAACCUCAAGACGCCAGCUUAUUCCAACAAGAGCCCCCUCUUGGGUUGGGGUAUCUCCAGGAGCAAGCUACUGCCAUGCCCUCAGUGGUGACUCCUGUGCUGCUGGAGGCUAUGGAAGCAGUAGGGGAAGAGGAGGAGGUGGACAUAGUGGAUCUGAAAGCAGAAGACAGAGCGGAGCCAAUGUGUUUUAUAGAGUUGAGGCCCUCGGACACACUGCUGGUCCCCCUGGACCCAGAUGAAGACCAGCACCUCGAUCUGCCCAAGAUGGAGGAUGCCAGAGAGGCUGAAGAGCCAUACACCGAUGGCUCAAAUGGCUUCACCCUGACACUGGAGUCUCUGGAGAACAGGAUAACUGGGUCAGUGGAGGACAGUCCCCUGCUGAUCAUGCAGCUCCCCCAGCCAGGGGGAACCCAGCUGCAGCAGCCAGUCCAUAGCCAGGAGAUCAUCUGCUUAGAUAAGGUCAAUUCAGAUUCUUGCGAAGCAGUGUCAUUGCUCCCUGCUCAGCCAUAUGGUCUCAUGACUCAAACAUCUAAAGAAUCAGCCAUCACAGAACAGGUGGACAGGGAGGUACUGAGCCAAGUUAUUUACGGUGCCCAGAUGGUAGAAGAGGGGUUGGUGUUGAUUGAGAGCAAAGAACCAGGUAUACCUACCAAAAAAUCAAAAGCAACUGAGGUUGAAGAUGCACCUGAAGAAGAAAGAAUUAAAGAAGAGGAGUCUGCUUGUUUGCUUGAAGAGGAAACUGCCUGUCUCAUUAGUGAAGUAGAGCCAAAUCCUUCUGCAGAGUCAGAGUCCAAUUCUGUGGUACAAGUGGCAGAACCUGGCUCUGCAGUGGAAGAGGUGGAGCCUGAACCUGUAGUGAAAAAGGUAGAUCCUGUCCCAGCUGUGGUAGAGGCAGAACUUGCCACUGUAUUUGAACAGACUGAGCCUACCGUUGUCGAAGAAGAGGUGCAGACUGGUGUUUUGCUUGAAGAGACUGAGUCUAGCGCUGUGCCGGAAGAGGCAGAGGCGGAGCCUGGAGUUGUGGUUGAAGAGGCAGUGACUGGAUCUGUGGUCGACAAGGUGGAGCUUGGGGCUGUGUUUGAAGAGGCAGUGACUGGUGUUUUACUUGAAGAGGCAGAGUCUAGCACUGUGCCUGAAGAGGUGGAGCCUGGAGCUGUGAUUGAAGUGACAAUGACUGGAGCUGUGGUAGAAGCGGUGGAGCCUGGAGCUGUGGUUGAAGAGGCAGUGACUGGUGUUUUGUUUGAAGAGGCAGAGUCUAGAGCUGUGCCUGAAGAGCCAGGGCCUGGACCUGUUGUUGAAGAGGCUGUGACUGGUGCUGUGGUUAAAGCAGUGGAGCCUGGAGCUGUAAUUGAAGAGUUGAAAUCUGCCCCUGUAGUGAAAGAGGCAGAGCCUGCACCUGAAGUUGCGGAGAUUGACCCUGUUCCUCUGUAUUCAGGGGCACAUUUAGGGGUGAAUGUAGCUCAGCAAAUACCAAUCAAAUCCAUGAAGGAGGCAGAGCUCUCUGACACAUCAGUGGAGGUGGGUUACAGUAUAGGAUCAAAAGUCAGAUCUACUGGUGCUGAAAUGCACAUGAUGACCAGGCAGAGAAAAACAAUCACAUUUCAUUCAACCAUAGAUGAAGCCAAAAGCAACAUGCAGUCAAUAGAGGAGCAGCUUCAGCAUGAGAUAGACUCCAAGUUGCCAUUACCACCAACAAGGUUCCCCAGGCGCACAAAGUAUGAGCAGGACUCUCAAAUCCACACACCCAGGAGGACUAGAAGGAUAGGUAUUGAGCCUGAGCCCCAGAAAGAGGAUAAAGCCAUAGUCAAGAACAUCUCCAUCGAAUCCAAAACUAAAUCCUCCAAGAAGCAGACUUUACGAAACAUCCUUCCAAGGCAGGGAACCCGCAGAACCCAAAAUUCCUCCCUGAACGCUGAAGACGUCCCAGACACAGAGGAAUCAAUUGAGACUGAGGUCCUGGUAUUGCCCUUGACCCGCUCAAGAUAUGCAAGAAAAACAAGAGUUAGUGUCAUGGAGGUUCCUGGAACUGAGACUCCAUUGCUCCUGGAGGCAAAAGCAGAGGCAUUCCACAGCCCUGGCAUGAUGACAAGGAAGUCAUCCCUCUUCCUUGGCCUGGAGACAACACAGGCGCAGAUUGUGGGAUUGGAACGGAAAGGUGCAACACCAAAAAGGAGCCUGAGAACUGUGAGCCGGAGCAGAGUGGUGGAACAGGGCAAAGGCUCUGCGGUCACAGCUGAAGAACAGCCACCACCCAACUUUCCCCGGCACAUAACUAGGAGUAGCCUGGGCAACCACCUGGCAGCCCCUAAGGGGGAGGAGAAAGAAGAUCACCUUGUACUAGGCACACCCCUGGAUGUGGAGUCGGGGACAGAGUUAGCCAGUGCCUUAAUGGAGAGGUUCAAUGACAAGGGGGCUAAGGGAUCAAAAGGCAGGAAAACGAGCAAUAGCGGGACCAUGAUCAUUCGUGCCACAAGGAGGGGCACAGUGGCAUCCUCACCUCCCCCCGCAAAGACCGAGGCCCCACUUGUGACAGAGGAACUGUUGUUGGGCAGACAGGGUGGAGGCGUGGAGGCUGACAUUAAGAAUCAAACCCAGUCCAAGGCACAGAAAACAAGCAGACGCACACAGGUGAAAAAGGCUUCCGACAUGGACUCUUCCCUGCCAAGAGACUCCUUUCUGUGCUCUCCACCUCAAACUAGGAGGAAAACCAAAGGUAAGAGAGUUGACUCUCUCAUUCAGAAUGACAUCUUUCAAGUUGCAUUCUCUGCUCCCACCACUCGGACACGACAGGCAGCCACCUCCACCUUGUCCCACGCUGUGGUAAACAAUGAGGAAGGUGGAAUGGGGGCUGAAGUUGUGCAGCAGAAGACUGAAACUGCCAAACCCCGAAAGAAAAGAACUACCAGGAGGAAUGUGGGGACCGGGAGCCCCCCACCUGUAAAAAUAAACCUGAUCUCACCCAUGGCCAGUCCAGAGCUGGCCCCCGGGGUAGAGAGGAAGGAGAAAGGGGAGGGCCCACUGCAGAGGAUGAACCUCCGCAGGAAACGCCUGCUGGAGACCGUCUUCCCAAAACCUGCCACACGGAGGAAGAUGUUGUAACUGCAACAGCAUACCCCAAAAAAUCUUUUACAUUUGUGGGAGGGACACUCUUAACAGUCUCCACGCUCCCAAAAUUUGUCAAAUGAAGCCUUUUUUCCCCAUGUUUGUUGCCAGCUCACAUCUAUUUAACUUCAACAAAUAGGUUUUGCAAUUAUGGAACAAAGCUAAAUUUGAGAGAAAUUAUUUUAUAUAAAUAACACGUUUAGAGAAAACGGAUCUGGAUGACGAGAAGGGGAAGAAGGGACUCCAGCAGAGAGUUGGGAAUUGUUUUUAUUUUCUAAGACUACUUACAUUUAUAUAAAAUGUACAUAGUCUUUCAGUAAUGGUAUGAAUAAAAUUGUAUACUUGUGAAUGCGUUUUAUUGUCUUUAACCCCACUAAACAGGCCAUUGUGUUUCAAGUCUGGAUUCUUUCCCAGAUUUGGACCAGAGAAGCAACAAUUUUUUUUCUAUUUGCACACAGUAUUUUCCCCGCGGAGUAUGCAGUAGUGGUAUGCAGUAGAUGUGUUGAUCAGUUUAUUUUAUGAAUGUACAGAAAAUACAAUGUAUUAUUCAUUAGGACUGAAUUUCAGUUUUUAUUUUACUGUUGCUUAGUUAGUUUGCAGGAACGAAUAGAUUUCUAUACAUUACCUGCAGAAACCCCAAAUCAUCAAGUAAGGGGAUAGGCAGUUGGACAAUUUGUCCUAAUCUGUUCUUUGAAGAAACAAACUGACUGCACAAUAAUUUUCACACCUCAUAUUUUCAGUACUGCCAUUUCAGUGUUUUGCCCAGGAGAAAAAGUGGGUUGUUAACCAGUCCCCAAGUGUACAUAGUCAUGGGAGGGUAGGUGGAAUUCCCAUGUCCUAUCAAUAAUUUAAUUGUGCAAAUCAGUCAGUGCCUUUUAUGGCAUUUGAAACGUUGUACCAUCACUCUGUGAGUACAUGGAAUAAAGGUGCUGACUGAUUUAAGCUGAAGCAAAUAUUUGGUCUUGUAAUAAUCCUUAUUUUGAUAAUGAAUGCCCUCAAUUAAAAUUGCUACUUACAAUAUACAAUUAAGUUGCACAUAAAGGGUUAUGCUUUUAAGAUUGACUUAUGUUUUCACAACCAUGGUAGUCCCCAUAUUUUUUAUGCAGCGAUAGGCAUUUUGUACUUGAAUGCUUUCAGAAUUCUUUUUAAAAAAUUGCCCCGAACAGAAAGAUUUAAAUUAUAUAGCGUCAUUAUCAUCCCUUGCAGACUUUAAGAAACGCAUUAAAAUUACAUGAAUGGUCAUUCUUCAGUAAUAAAGAUGUACAGUACAAACAUCAAAAACAAAUAAUUUAUGUGUCUGACUGGUUUUAGCUGUUGUAUUUAAGGCAAGUCCUUUUUCAAGUGAAAAUGAAUGUAAUGUUGAGGUCAGCUACACAAAAUAGCAAAUCAUUGCAAAAAAUAAAAAUAAAAAAGGUAAACUAUUUUACAUGUUUACUAUUUUACAUAUAACAAAACAGCCUAAGCUCUUCUGUGACUCUGAAAUGUGAAGCAAAUCUGCUCAAACAAAAAUCCUAUACCGUAAUCACAAUUAAAAAUAGAAAGCCGUUUUCCAGCAUUUUCCUGUUCUACCCCUGUGCACAAAAUAAAUACCUUCAGUUUCAUGAGUGAGUACGUUGUCUGGACCUGCCAGAUGACACAAUAUAAAAAAACAUGCAGAUGCAAAAUGCAUUUCUCUGUAGCUUGUGUGUCUGGUUCACCUCCAGCUAUAUACAGGUAUAUUAAUUUGUAUAGUAUACUGCAGUAUAACCAAACAUCUUUUGUUACAUCAUUGAAUACUGCCUAAUUAUUAUUUUUUCCCCACAUGCAGAACUUUAAUUUUGGCUAUAUUGAAUUUCAUUUGCCAGGUUUCCACCCAUUUCUGGAUUUUAUUUAAAUGUUCUUGGAUUAUUUUUGUUUUGGGGAAAAGAGAAUAGUUGAGAGGUCUUUCCCCCAUCUGCAGUCUCUCCUCUCAGACCUUGAUAUUGUUCUACUGAGAGAACUCUUAGCCCCUCCAUCCGUAUCUGCACAUGGUCCAUGCUGGACUGGGUUUAAGCCAGGCUGCAGUAUGCUGCAGUCCUGCCCAAACUGAUCACCGUACUGCAACAAAAGGUACGUGUGCUGUCCAUUAAAAAAUUCACAAAAAAACACUGCUGCAUCAGACACGUUCUGUAGUUGAUGACACGGUCCACCAUCUCAGUUGGAACUUAUGUAUGUAAAAUUAGUGUCUGAAAAAAAUUGUUGCAAAAAUGUUUCAUCAUAGAAUAAAGGUGAUCACUCAGAACAAAUUUGUAUUGCUUUGCAAUGACCCUUCCCUCUAAGGGCACAAGUGGACCCAAACCUUGCAAGGAAAAUACCCCCCAUAGCAUAACAGUCUCCCCUCACUGUAGGGGUGAAGCAGUCAAGCCUGUACUAUUGUCUUGGUGUACAGUACAUAUGGACUUGCUCACUUGUUGAAAAUAUGGUGGAUGACUCAUCAGGCCAUAACUUUUUCCGCAUCUCUAGACCUGUGGCUAUGGUAUGGCUUAAUUGUAUCAUGCAUUACACCUAAAUGGAAGUAUCUGCAUUUGUUAUGUUUCUACAUUUGUUAUGUUUCAGGUUUUUCCUUUAAUUUGUCAUCCAGCUGUUUCACAGAUUAAAUGCAGAAUACUAAACAGAAUGGUUGUUUAGCCUGAAUGUAUUAGCGAUUGCAACUACACCAAACAACUGCAAGAUAUCAGUAUCAUGAUACAAUUAUAUUGUGUGCCUAUACUGCCAUACCACAAAUAUGUAACAUAAAUUUUGAGUCCUGAUACGCAUGAUUUAGCUUAACAAUUCAUGCUGUAUAGCAACUUAUAUGCUACUCUGUACAAGUCAUGUCAGGCUCUAUUGGCCUUAUUCACAAAGGACCUGUUACAAGCAAUAGAGCAUAAUCUUGCUGUCUCUUGCACUUUAGUGUACUUUAUGGAGUCAAUUUGUUUGAAUUGAUGUUUCCAAUAAAAGUUCAAUGGUAAGAUUUUAUUAAAGGGCCAAUUCAUGAUAUACAUAUAUGACCAUUGCUUGGAAAAUGUCAUGUCCUAUAAUAGUUUGUGUGUUUCUAUUGAAAACAACAUGUACUGUGUAUAAUGUCAAAUUGAAGACAAGCUGUUCAAAACAAGAUUGCAUGCAAAGGGAGAAUAAAAAGUAAGGAACACCAGGAAAGUAGGUGUUUCGUCAAGGUUUCUGGGGUGAAGCGAAAAGGUUCUCAGGAAAAAGGAAAGUGGGAACGGGUGGAGAAGUGAGCACGUGUCAAGCCAUGCGAAUCACCUUGUCUGACUCGACCAAGGCCGCCUAAAACCUUUACAGAAAGUAAUAAGAGGCAGAAGUUUGAGACUCUCUUCUCGAACUCUGUGAUAAGUGCUUGAACAGUUUCUCCUAUUUGGCCAAAUAAAAGUUGUAUUGUUUAAU